AUGGAGAACUUAAUUCUGGAAGAGAAAUAUAAAAGUCUCUUGAAUAAAUCUAACCAUGAAAAAAAUAUUCUUAUAAAAGAGUCUGAGGCCCUUAGAAAUAAGUUAGAGAAACUCGAAGGUGCAUACAUCGAAAAGGAAAAAGAAGUGGCGACAAUAAUUCAAGAAAAAGAACAUCUCGAAGAUGGACUCAACAAAAUGAGGAGAGAAAAUGAAAAUUUGAGCGAUGAAAUUGUGAAACUUAACGAAAGAAUUGUGGACUUGACAGAUUUAUCCAAAACGUAUAGGAAAAUGAUAAAAAACAGGAACCAGGAAUUGCAACACUCGAACCUUUUAGUUUCUGAAAAUAUGAAUCUACGAAAUAUCAUAGAAAUCUCGAAUAACGAAAAAUUAGAAAUAGAGUCAGAACUUGAGAAGAAAAAAAACAUCAUACAUGUGAUUAAGGAUAAGUAUAAAAAUAACAUAAGCAGGUUGCUUGAUAAAUUCGAUGAAAAGGACAAAGACAUACACGAUCUUCAAACUUUUGUCGUAAAUGAAUUGCACAAUUUAAAAGUUCUUAUCCGAAGAGAAAAAGAAAAUACAUUUUAUGAUGACAGCAUACGGGAUGACACAAUAUUAAAUAUAAGCCUUCACUUAGAUAUGAUAAUUAAAAAGAUGGAGGAAAAAAUGAAAAUAUCGGUGGCCAAGUAG